CGCUUAACUUCCAGAACACCAUGAUCCCUGCCGGCAUAUGAGCUCAAUAUCAGAAUCCCAUUCUGUCCUUGGAGCAGCGAAGCUGCGCCCGGUUCAGCAUCCAGCAGCCAGAAUAAAUAGACCAUGGCGGACAUGCUGUGGAAUGGACCCAAUCGCCAUCUUUACUAUCAUCCCCUCCAAGAUGCAUGUUCCACCGCUCGCAGUGGUGCUCGCACCGUUAGCUUUCAUCCACUCCGCCAUCGGCUUGAAGAUAGCCACCUCCCUCCAAUGGAUCGAACACACGCCGCAGCCCUACGCCAUCUCGAAAUUCUACAAAGGCAGCUCCACCGCCUCGCUCACCAGCGGCGGCGUGCAAAACCUCGGCUCGGACGCCUCCUUUGACCUCGCGGCGAACGCGGAAACCCAAGGCCUCAAGGUCUACGCCUCGAAGAAGAACGUUCGCCUCAUCUACAUCAUCUGCGAAGUCGCCUACCGCAUCGUCGCCAACAAAAACUCGGGCAUCACCACGCUCGCCGACCUGAAGGGCAAACGCAUCGGCACCAUGCAGGGCACCAGCGCCGGCGUCUUCGUGUCGCGCAUGAUGGCAUCUGUCGGCGUCUCCGAGUCCCAGUACACCGCCGUCAGCGGCAAUGUAUGCAUGAAGACGCCGUGCGGGAGCAACACCUUCCCCGUCAUGCUGCAGAACAAGCAAAUCGACGCGUUCGGCAUCUGGGAGCCGGCUGUCGAGCUCGGCGCGCAGGCCCUGGGCGCUAAUGCCGUGCUAUUCCAGAAUAGCUCGAUAUAUCGGGAAGUGUAUUCGCUGUACAGCACAACGGACAAGCUCAACGACGCGAACAAGCGGAAGGAUAUCGUGGCGUUCGUGCGCGCGCUGAACCAGACGUUGGAUGUGUUCAAGAACAGUCCGGAUGCGAAUGGCAUAUAUGAGUAUGUGGCGCAGCGGGUGGGCAUGGAUGCGGCGGUUGUGAAAGCCGUGUGGGCGGAUCAUAAGUGGAGCGGGACGUGGGGACCGGAUUUGAUUGACUUUUUGGUGGACGAGGAUAAGUAUCUUGCGGGGCAGGAUCGGAGGGGCGUGACGAGUAAGGCGGCGUUGGAGACGUUUUUGGAUGAUAGUGUUAUUGCAGAGUUGUAGAGGCGCCGGAAGAAUUGAAGGGCGGAAAGGAUUGGAGACGAUACUGAAUGGCUUUGUAUAUAUCGAAUGAGCCUUGUUGGAGCGCUCCUCCAUUCUCAUGCACCGUGCCUUCACCCUAUUGCCGUCCUGGCCUGCUCUUGAACCUGCUCUAAGAACACAACCUCCAUUCCCACGCUUUGUUCCUGUUGCACUCUGCUGCGGUGCUGCUGGAUCUAGACGCCUGCUUGAUAUCAUCACGCGGCUGGGUGAGGGUUCAUCUUGUUUAAAGGGUUGGCUCCUUCUCUUGCUUCCUCCUAAGACCUGAAAUCCCUCUUGCUCAUUCCUCAAUCCUGCUCAUAUCAACUCACAAU